UUCCCCUUUUUUACUUCACUACCAGCGAAGCUGCAACGGAGGAAGCGAGGAGCAAUAAAAUAAGCCUGGAAUUAAUAUAGCACAUUAAAAAAAAAGGAGAAAAGGAAAGAAGAGUCCUCCGUCUGUCAUCCCAUGUUCCUGUAGUGUAUUCCCUCACAGAGUGCUGGAGAGAUCAUGGAAACUGAAUGAUGAGGUACGAGUGUUUGUGUCUCGGGCCGACUGUAUGUCUCUGACAGUGACUGCGGGGCGCUGCUCGAGCGAGUUCAAACACAGCGUUUCGGGGCGCGCUUCGUGCCAAUUUACUCGUCUCGCUCGCUCUCGCCAGACAACGGUCACUUCAACGGUCUUUUUUCGGCUCGACAACUGGAAUAACAUCCUCCUCUAGUCGUUUAUUCGUGAGAGGAGGCCUCUGUAAGCUCCCCUUCCACGCAGAGAUUGCAGCUAAAGCUCAGCUCUGAUUUACUGGUUUAGUUAGCACUCCGGCUAAGUUGAUCUUAUGCUGGUGUGUUAUUAUCAGACUGGCGAAACUCACGGAUACAGAGGACUAUUUGGACUUGAGAGCGCUGAGGAGUUUUUGGCUGGACAGUAGCUGACAGACUGAACCAUGGCUCAGUUUCCCUCGCCCUUCGGAGGGGGGUCGGAUACAUGGGUAAUAUCUGUUGAUGAGAGAGCCAAACAUGACCAGCAGUUCCACAGUCUGACACCCACACCUGCUGGCUUCAUUACAGGUGACCAGGCAAGAAAUUUCUUUCUGCUGUCAGGUUUGCCAGCCCCCAUCCUCGCCCAGAUAUGGGCCCUGGCCGACAUGAACAACGAUGGGAAGAUGGACAUGCAUGAAUUUUCCAUCGCAAUGAAGCUGAUUAAAUUGAAGCUGCAGGGUCACCCCCUCCCUCCUUCACUGCCCACCUCCAUGAAGCAGCCUCCCCUCUCUAUACCCCCACAGCCCCCUUUUGGGAUGCCCAGUAUGGGGGCAAUGCCAGGCCUGCCGGCAGUGCCGCCCAUGCCGCUGCCCCCUCUGCCCCCAGGAGUGCCAGGAGUAGGCGUGUCUCCACCACUGGUAGCAUCAGUGACCCCAGCGGUACCAUCUCUUGCUAACGGAGCGCCCGCUAUGAUGCAACCCAUGGGUGGAUUCUCAGUUCCAGCUUCGUUCAAUCGUUCCAGUAUCAAGCUACAAAAGGGCCCUUCUGUAGAGGCACCAAGUGCUCCGGCUGCUCCUCCACCCACUGACUGGGCCGUGCCUCAAUCCUCGCGGCUCAAGUACCGCCAGCUCUUCAACAGCCAUGAUAAAAUGAUGAAUGGUUAUCUCACAGGUCCACAAGCCAGAACUAUUCUAAUGCAGUCCAGUCUACCACAUGCCCAGCUGGCAACUAUCUGGUACCUGUCAGAUAUAGACCAGGAUGGAAAGUUGACUGCAGAAGAGUUUAUUUUGGCCAUGCACUUAAUUGACAUGGCCAUGUCCAACCUGCCUCUUCCCCCUUUAUUGCCCCCUGACCUCAUACCUCCGACAUUCAGGAGAGUGCGUUCUGGCAGUGGAGUGUCUGUGACCAGUGUACACACGACAGACCCACGGACUCAGGAUGAGCCGGAGGAGGAGGAAAAAGAGGCAGAGAGAAAACUUCCAGUCACAUUCGAGGAUAAGAAACGAGAGAACUUUGAGCGUGGAAACCUGGAGCUGGAGAAACGUCGGCAGGCACUGCUGGAGCAACAGAGGAAAGAGCAGGAGCGACUGGCGGCCCUGGAGAAAGAGGAGCAAGAGAGGAAGGAGAGAGAACGACUGGAGCAUGAGAGACGCAGACAGCAGGAGCUGGACAAACAACUGGAGAGACAGAGAGAGCUGGAGCGACAGAGGGAGGAGGAGAGACGCAAGGAGAUCGAGAGAAGAGAGGCUGCUAAGCGGGAGCUGGAGCGUCAGCGGCAGUUAGAGUGGGAGAGAACACGCAGACAGGAACUGCUCACCCAGAGAAACCGAGAGCAGGAGAACAUCGUCCUGCUCAAAGCACGCAAGAAGACACUUGAGUUUGAACUGGAGGCUCUGAACGAUAAGAAGUCACAGUUGGAGGGUAAACUGCAGGACAUUCGUUUCCGUCUCUCGGCUCAGAGGCACGAGAUCGAGAGCACCAAUAAGAUGCGAGAGCUCCGCAUUUCUGAGAUCACCAGCCUACAACAGCAGCUGCAGGAGUCUCAGCAGUGGUUGAGUCGGUUGAUUCCUGACAAACAGUGUCUGAAUGACCAGCUGAAGCAGGUUCAGCAGAACAGUCUGCACAGAGACUCUCUGUCUAGUCUUCAGAGGGCCAUUGAAAUGAAGGAAUCCACCAAACAGCAGCUGAAAGAACAGCUGGACGCUGUGGAGAAAGAGACGCGCUCCAAACUAUUGGAGAUAGACGCCUUCAACACACAGCUGAAGGAGCUGAGAGAAAUCCACAACAAACAACAGAGGCAGAAACAAAAGGGGCUGGAGGCUGACAUCACCCAGCCAUCACAUGACAGGAAGUCCACAGAAUUGCAAGAGUCUAGGUUGUCAGGGACAGAAGAUGGCAUGUCUCCUGCAUGGAGAGAUGAUGGGCUGGGUAAAGCGCCCACUCCUCCGGUGUCUCAGGCUUGGAGAAGCCAAGUGAGUGAAGCGGAGAACCACAGCAGAGCCGAAGUACAGGAUAACCUCUCCAAACUCCUCCCACAGCAUCCGCAAUCGGGGAAACUCCCGGCUCAGUCGCCCUGGUCUAUGGCAGAUAAGAUUCCAGUGUCUGGCUUUAAUCAGGGUAAGGUAAAGGUGGUCUACUAUAGAGCACUGUAUCCCUUUGACGCCCGCAGUCAUGAUGAGAUCACCAUCCAUCCUGGAGAUAUAGUGAUGGUGGAUGAGUCUCAGACAGGUGAACCUGGAUGGUUAGGAGGAGAGAUUAAAGGGAAGACUGGCUGGUUCCCUGCUAAUUAUGCAGAGAAGAUUCCAGAAUCUGAAGUUCCUCUAAGUUUGAGAGCUAGCGCUGCUUCUAGUCCCAGCCCUAAAUUGGGUUCCCAUGUGUCAUCCGCUUCUUCAUCGACCACAGCCACACCCUUGCAGUCAGUCUCCACAGAGUCUGCGUCGAUAGCCCCGCCCUCCUCAGCCCCGGCCCCUCCAGGCCCCGCCUCCUCCUCUUCCUCAACAUCCAGUAACUGGGCAGAUUUCAGCACUACAUGGCCAACUAAUUCUGCAGUGGAGAAGCAGGACAGUGAUGGAUGGGAUGCAUGGCCGACCCAGCCCACUCAGCCGUCCCUGUCAGUGCCCAGUGGAGGGCAGAUCAGACAACGCUCUGCUUUCACCCCAGCAACACUCUCCGGCUCUUCACCAUCACCUGUGCUCGGCCAGGGUGAAAAGGUGGAGGGUCUGCAGGCGCAGGCUUUGUAUCCAUGGAGAGCUAAGAAAGACAAUCACCUAAACUUUAACAAGAAUGACGUGAUCACCGUCCUGGAGCAGCAGGAUAUGUGGUGGUUUGGGGAGGUGCAAGGGCAGAGAGGAUGGUUCCCCAAAUCUUACGUCAAACUCAUCUCUGGGCCCAUCCGGAAAUCUAUGAGUAUUGAGUCUGGCUCUUCGGACAGCCCCCCCAGUGUUAAGAGACCCAGCCCAUCUCCAAACAAGCCCACAGAUCUCGGAGAAGAGUAUGUGGCCAUGUAUACUUAUGAAAGCAGUGAGCAGGGCGACUUGACCUUCCAGCAAGGUGAUGUCAUCACGGUCACAAAGAAAGAGGGAGAUUGGUGGACCGGCACCGUGGCCGGGAAGACGGGAGUCUUCCCCUCUAAUUACAUCAAACCUAAAGAAUCUGAGGGUUUGGGAUCUGCUGGAAAAACAGGAAGUUUAGGGAGGAAACCAGAGAUUGCCCAGGUGAUUGCUCCUUACACAGCCACUGGGACAGAGCAGCUCACCUUAGCACCUGGCCAGCUCAUUCUCAUUCGCAAGAAAAACCCAGGAGGGUGGUGGGAAGGAGAACUUCAGGCAAGAGGAAAGAAGCGUCAGAUUGGCUGGUUUCCAGCUAAUUAUGUAAAAUUAUUGAGCCCCUGCACCAGUAAGACCACACCCACAGAGCCCAACCCACCAAAGCUGCCAACACCCAAUGCAGUGUGCCAGGUGAUUGGCAUGUAUGAUUACACGGCUCAGAACGAUGAUGAGCUGCCUUUUGGGAAGGGCCAAAUCAUCAAUGUCUUGAGCAGAGAGGAUCCCGAUUGGUGGAAGGGAGAGCUGAAUGGUUCCGUUGGCCUUUUCCCAUCAAACUACGUCAAGCUGACCACUGACUCAGACCCCAGCCAACAAUGGUGUGCCGACCUCCACCUGCUUGACAUGCUGACCCCAGUGGAACGGAAGAGGCAGGGUUACAUACAUGAGCUUAUUGUUACAGAGGAGAACUAUGUCAAUGACCUGCAGCUAGUCACUGAGACGUUCCAGAAGCCUCUGCUGGAGUCAGAAUUGUUGACGGAGAAGGAGGUGGCCAUGAUCUUUGUCAACUGGAAAGAGCUGAUCAUGUGCAACAUUAAACUGCUCAAGGCAUUGCGGGUGAGGAGGAAGAUGUCAGGCGAGCGAAUGCCGGUGAAGAUGAUUGGUGACAUCCUGACGGCUCAGCUUCCUCACAUGCAGCCGUACAUCCGCUUCUGCAGCUGCCAGCUCAACGGCGCCACCCUCAUUCAGCAGAAAACAGACGAGGUGCCCGAAUUCAAAGACUUUGUUAAGAGGUUGGCGAUGGACCCUCGCUGUAAGGGAAUGCCCCUGUCCAGUUUCCUCCUCAAACCCAUGCAGAGAGUCACCCGAUACCCUCUCAUCAUCAAAAACAUUUUAGAGAACACUCCAGAAAGCCACCCGGACCACAGUCACCUGCGGCUGGCUCUGGAGAAGGCUGAAGAGCUGUUCUCGCAAAUCAACGAAGGCGUGCGAGAGAAAGAAAACUCGGACCGGCUGGAGUGGAUCCAGGCACAUGUGCAGUGUGAGGGGCUGUCAGAGCAACUUGUGUUCAACUCGGUUACAAACUGUCUGGGCCCCCGGAAGUUCCUGCACAGUGGAAAACUCUACAAAGCCAAAAGCAACAAGGAGCUUUACGGCUUCCUGUUUAAUGAUUUCCUGCUCCUCACGCAGAUCAUCAAACCUCUGGGCUCGUCUGGAACGGACAAAGUCUUCAGUUCAAAAUCCCACCUGCAGUAUCGCAUGUACAAAACGCCCAUCUUCCUCAAUGAGGUGCUGGUGAAGCUGCCUACGGAUCCCUCAGGAGAUGAACCCAUAUUCCACAUAUCUCACAUCGACAGAGUCUACACUAUACGAGCUGAGAGCAUCAACGAGCGGACGGCUUGGGUGCAGAAGAUCAAAGCUGCUUCUGAGCUCUUCAUCGAAACAGAGAAGAAGAAGAGAGAGAAAGCCUACUUGGUGAGGUCUCAGAGGGCCACUGGCAUUGGGCGGCUAAUGGUGAACAUUGUUGAAGGCAUUGAGUUAAAGCCCUGCCGCUCAAAUGGGAAGAGUAAUCCGUACUGUGAGGUGACGAUGGGCUCUCAGUGUCACCUCACUAAGACGCUGCAGGACACUCUGAACCCGAAGUGGAACUCAAACUGCCUGUUCUUCAUCAAAGACCUGGAGCAGGAUGUGCUGUGUGUCACUGUGUUUGAGAGGGAUCAGUUCUCCCCAGAUGAUUUCUUGGGCAGGACGGAGAUUCGGCUGGCCGACAUCAAGAAGGACCAGGGCUCUAAGGGGCCCAUUACCAAGCGUCUGCUUUUACACGAAGUCCCUACGGGAGAGAUUGAGGUGCGACUGGACCUCCAGCUCUUUGACGACCAGCUCCCUGACCCACGUUGCUUGACCUGACCUUUUGACCACCCCCCCCCCCCCCCCCCAGAUUCCAUAUCCACCACUCCUCCGUAGUGAAAGCCCACCAUCCUGAUAUGACAGUCCCACUCCACCCAGCAUCACGAAUCCCAGAGUGUGAAAGUGUAUAACAUUCUUCAUCAGUGAUCCCGAUUGAUUUUUUUACUGUCCUUGAUAUCUUUUCAAGACAAGUGUGUGAAUGAAAAUGAAUGAUGUACUGUAGAGGGAACUUCUCAGUUCCCUAAUGAUGUGAAGGACGUCUCCGGAUGCGCUAAUGUCCCGAGAACAGUAGUGCACACUGAAACGAUAUUCUUACAGGUUUUCAUUCUAGAAUACACAGAAUCAUUCUAGAAUUCUUGGAGUCUGUCAUUAUGGGUAAAUCUCAUGAAAACUUAUUUGCAUAAUGUAUAAUUCUCAUAACUGUAAUGUGAUUUUUUUAUUUAUAUAUAUAGUUAUGUAUUUAUUCAUCAUGGUAAAAUUGGUUGCACUACUUUUAAUUAUUGCAGGUGUAUAUUUAAAAAAAAAAAAAAAAGUAUUUUAAAAAAUGAGAAUCUAUUGGGAAUCAUAAAAUAUAAUGGUCCUGAUAUAGGUCACAUUUUACUGUAAAAUAUUCUGGGGAUUUUGGUGUGACCUGGACAUUUUUUUGUGAGAUUCACCCUUAUAGUCUUACUGGCUGUUCAAAAUUUUAUUCCAUCCUUUUAGUCAUCAACACUAAAAACUAAAACCAGUCUAGUGUCAAUCAACUCAUUUGUUUUCUGAUUUUACUGAGAGAUAUUUGGUGUCCAUUGAACAGCUGAUUGUACUCCCAGGUGUUUUCGUUUUUCUUUUUGAGGGUCUGUUAAAUGUAGGCAUGUUCAGGGAAAUUUUCAGCAAGUCUUGAAAAGAUGUGGCCACAAAUUCUUCAUGAUAUACACUAAAUGAAUUAUGGGAGGGAAAUGGUUCUAUUUGUUUUUCAGCAUCUUUUGUUUUGUAGCUUUUAUUUAUUUUUAUGUUGUUGAGAAUGGGACACACGGGCCAAUUGAAAUAUUAUAGCGGCAAGGGCGAUCAGAAGAAAAUAAAAUACAACACAUGUAUUUGUCAAAUGUUCCUAAAAGGCCAAAACAAUUGAUGUUGUUCAGUUCCCCAAUGUUCUUAGUUUUAUUGUGAUCCAUCACAAAGUAAGCUAUUUAAUAUAUAGUACUAUAUUUCGGUUUGACACUGCAUUACUAAUGAGUUCAUAGUUUGUUUUUUAUUUAUGAAUGUUAAUUUUUUUUUUUUUAUUGUGCUGUUGUUUAACAUUAGUGAUCAACACUGUAACGUUACGUCAUAUUUGUAAAAAUAAGAGAUAUUCGGAGAUGUUCAUAUUUUGUAACUGUAUUUGCUUUUUUGUUGUUUAUUUGCAUACAACUAGCCAGAUGGUUUAUAAUGUUAAAGGUUUGGCAAGUUUUUAGCAUGUAGAAACAAUGAACCAGUGAGCAGAAGGGAUCAAUCUUCAGCAAUAUCUGCUGCAAAUGUCUUCAGUUCUUCAGAUCUGUCUUAGAAAGAGCCCACUGUUUUUAGAUGGAGGAUGAAAUAAGUUGAAUUUGUGGGGGUCUUAUUUAUUUGUCCUCUGUUAUCACACUACUGAGCUUGAGAAAGGUGCUGUUUCCUUUUGUACUGAAGCGAUGGGGAUCAGUUUUGUUAAAUUUGUGUGUACAUUUUUUUUUGUCUAGAUGCAAUAUAAAUAUUAAUAUUCCACUGCUGUGCUAGUGAGAUGCCAGAGUGAUCAAGGACAACAGCUACCGUGGGGCCAGCAAGUUAUUCCACUGGGGUUUUCUAUGUGUGUAUAUAUGAGAAAGAGUGAUUCUUAGUGCUUCGAAUGCUUUCUUCUGGGUCACUUUCCCCAAACCUCAUCUCAGAGAAUUUUCCAGACAAUGCAAGGGGUUGUGGUCACACAUCUUUUCUUUUUUUUUUUCCUGCUCUUUUUUUUUCCCCCUUCUCUCAUGUCUUAUCACACACACUGUACAUUUUGACCUCACUUCCAUUAUUAUUUGUAUUUACUACUAUAAACAGUAGUAAUAUAUGUCUAUGUUAGAAACUUUGAAUAGAGUAUAAUAUAUUGCAAACUGAGAAGUAAAUAUGUUGAUGACAGCAUAUUGUUAUCCAUGUAGAAGAAGUGUGUUGUCUUAAUGUUGCAAAUAAAAUUCAGUUGUACCUAU